UGAACAUUGGGAGUCGCUCGGUUUUUGUUUCGAGCGCAUCGUAAUGGUGUUACGGACGUGUCCUGUGUACUUCACGUUAUGUAGGAGGAUAACGGCUGCAGCAGUCGCUCCAAAGGACUCAUGUGCAGUGCUUUCACCAUUGGAGCAAAAAUUUUACCCACACAUAGGUAACCGUGAAAUAGUGGGUUUCGGUAGGAAUGGGAUUCCUAUGUAUUAUGAUGAUUUGGUGUACCCGUACCCUUCAAUCAGAUUUCGCAACCAUACCCCUGAAAUUGCUAAAUUAAAAGAGAAAGAACAAGGAGACUGGAGUCACUUGACAACCGAAGAAGUGAAGACAUUAUAUCGUCAUAGCUUUCAACGUACCUUUGCUGAAUUAACCGCUCCACACGGCCAAUGGAAACUUGGACUAGCAUAUGGUUUUAUUUUCAUUAGUAUCGGCCUCCUAUUCUACAUAUACAUCCGUACAUUUGUUGUAAUACCUCCGAAAAACGUACUCGAAUUGCCUGAGUAUAAGGAUGCAGUUUUAUACAAAAAGGUGUUCAGUCGAUCAGGAUCAAUUAGUGAUGCCUACAAGUUUGAUGUUUCUAAGAUGCGUUGGAGAGAAGAAUAACUUUUUAUCAACUUAAUGUAGUGCUAGAUGUAACAUUUGAAAUAAACUUUGUUAGUACAAUUUUGUCUUUAUUUAAGUUCUUCGGUUUUGGGCUUCGAUGCAUUCGGUGCAUGGCAACUGCCAGAGAGACCAAGAUUGAGACUAUUCUGAAAGAAAACUUCCCGAGCGCUAGGCUUGUGUGUGUUUCUGAUGUGAGUGGUGGUUGUGGAGCUAUGUUCGAAAUAGUUAUUGAAGCAGGAGAGUUUGCAUCAUUGUCCGUUUUGCAACAGCAUCGAGCUGUUAAAAAGGUGUGUAACUGUGCAAAAAUGUUUAUUGCUUUUAGGCCUUGAGAGAUGAAAUAAAGAACAUGCAUGGACUUACGAUCAAAACUAAGGCGUGAAAUAACUUGUCAGCCGCUUUAUCGUCUAUAGUUGACAUUUUCUUGUUCAGAAAUUUAGAAGUACUGGUUUCGUCCUUAUAUAUAUGUAUGUUUGAUUUUCAUGUAAAAAUGUUUAAUUAAAGAUUUGCAUUUGGCUAA